AUGCCGGUGGCCACGGCUGACCUAGCCCCGACAUUUCCCCUGCCCCAAGAACUCAUUAUUGACAUCCUGUUACGACUCCCUACAAAAUCCAUCGGCAAAUUCAGGCUCGUUUCGAAGCCAUGGCACUCUCUACUCUACGACCCACUAUUCAUCAAAGCCCACCUUGCCUUCCACCUCGAUGACCAGGAAAAACUCAUCAUCCUUUACUCCUCCUCCGGUACUCCCGCUUUCAAGUACUUCACGACCUAUUUUUCCACCGCAACUUUUCCCACCCCUAACAAUUACGUCAGGAUUUCAGAAAAGCUCAACCCUCUUUUAGAGAACCCAUUGAGCAGCGCGAGAAUUGUUUCUUGCAAUGGGUUGGUAUUGGUAGCAAAUGAUGGAUUGAGAAGGCGUGAAUUUAGCAGCAAACAUUUACUAGCACUUGAUACCAUGUAUUUGGUAAACCCCACAACCAUGGAGCAUUUAAGAUUACCAAAGGGCCCUUUUAAUUUGGUGGUUGGGAAUGCAGGGGUUGCUUUCGGUUAUGAUAGUUUUAAUGAUGACUAUAAAAUCAUCUGGUCUUAUGGGGGUACAACUAUUAGGCGUUCUGAAAAUUUUGUUAUUGUUUUCAGUUUGAGGAAUGGGACUUGCAGGAGACUUUAUAAUUGUCCUUACGCUCCUACUACUCAUUCUGGGGUGUGUCUGAACUGUUCUGUGCAUUGGCUUGCUCAGUCUAAAGUUGAUGAAUCGCAGGUUAUAGCCGCUUUGGAUUUGAGUACCGAGGAAUUUAAGCAAGUGCCAUGGCCUAGUACUGGUUGUAGCACUCGCAAUUGGGGUUCAUUGGCGUCUUCUAAGCAGCUUUUAGUUCUUGGUGGAUGUCUAGCAAUGGUUGUGGAGCAAUCUAGUCAGCAGAUGGAUAUUUGGAUGAUGAAGGAUUAUGGUGUUGCAGAAUCUUGGACCAAAUUUGGAGUUAUUAUACCAAAACUUGUUGGACAUUAUUAUAAACCUAUUUGUCUAUUGGGGGAGGAUGAUGUUGUUUUGGACAAGAAUGGUCAGAACCUUGUUGUUCAUAAUUUGAGAGAUGGAACUACAAGGGAAAUGUUGGUUGCUGGCAUUAAUAGAGAUGCUUUCAGAGAUGUUGGCUGCUUUCUCGAGAGCCUUGUCUCGCCUACUUUCUACAGUCAGAAAUGGAGAGCAACAUCAUUUUGA